GAACUCCAGUCAGUCAGUCAGCAGCAGCUGCGCGCGCGGUGUCAGUCACACUGCUCGAGAGAUACGGACUGAUCUGCAGAAAGAGAGGGAAAGUUAAGUUUAGACAGAUCAGUCUUUUAGAUCAGACAACAGUAUGGAAUUAGUAGUGUGUCGUUUUGUUUAAAUAUACGUUUGGAAAAGCAGCGAAGAGAAGGACUUUACGCACGCGCCUCUGGAUACCCGCAGCGUCUCUCUGCGCAGUGAUGGAGGUUUGGGGCUUGUUGAGGAAUUUUGCGCUUUGGAUUUCAUUUCUGACCGGCUUCACGAUGGCAAAUUACUCAGAAGACCAGUGUAGCUGGAGGGGAAGUGGUCUCUCUCAGGCGGUGAAGAACGUGGAGCAGGUUUGGUUGAGGUGUGCGGAGGGCUCGGUGGAGUGGCUGUACCCCGCUGGAGCGCUGCGUCUCACCCUGUCGCCCCGACUGCCGUGGAGCGCCAUGGUUCCAGGCGAGUCCAGCAGGAGCCCGGUGUCGGCCUGCAUCAAGCCGGAUCCGCACUGGGGAGGAGCUCAGCUCUACCUGGAGCGAGACGGGGUCCUGGAGCUUCUGGUGGGAGACGAGACAUCCGAGACGCCCGGCCCAGCCCAUGUGCGCUGCUUCAGUGCCAUGCCCGGAGAACGAACAGCCCUCUUCCUGCAAGCAACACCACAUCAAGACAUCAGCAGACGCAUCGCAGCGUUUCGCUACGAGCUGAGAGGGGAUUGGAUGGUGCAGCCGUUAGUCAACACGGAUCCAAUUGGCAGUGAAGGAGCCUGCAGGCCGUGCAAUAACACCGAGAUUCUGAUGGCUGUGUGUACUAGUGACUUUGUGGUCCGAGGGAACAUCCGUUCAGUGGAGACGGACUCAAAUUUGAAAGCGGCAGUGAUCAAAGUGAGUGCUACGCGAGUUUACCGGCAAAAGUACGCGUUGUUCCCUGAGUCCGGGCGUCUGACGCGGUCUGGGGAGAUCCGUACACCUCUGCAGUGCGGCGUUCGGCCCGGCGCUGGGAGCUUCCUGUUUACCGGGCGUGUGCACUUUGGUGAGGCGUGGCUCGGCUGCGCUCCACGCUAUAAAGACUUCCUGAAGGCAUACGAGCAGGCCAAACAAUCCCUAAUGAUCCCCUGCACUCUGGUGAACGACUGACGGAAGAAGCACGAUCACGUCCGGGCGAAACUUGACGGACCCUUGAUUCUGAUUCGCAGGGUCUGGGAUGAAACUCCUUCAGGUUAUUUUCCUUUAGUUCCCUUGAACCGCUCAGCAUGUCAUUUCUCUCUAUCUCUUCACUCAAUCUCUUGAUGUUUUGUGUUUUUUCUCCUCUCCUCAGCGUUAUUGUUGUUCCUCUCCUUUAUCUACUCGCUCCUCAACUCCUCUUUCCAGACACGUUAAAGAGCUGAAAAUCCUUCAGAACGGUUGAAAUCAGCCAGCAGGUGCUUCUGACAGAGCGAGAGAGGGAAAGAAAUGAUAACAAACGUCCCUCGCGACUGCUGAAUAAAGAUUUUAAAAAUUAUUUUAUAAAGCAACAGAGCAGUUUCUUACCAAUGAAAUAUUUCAUACCUGAGCAUAGCUAGAAAAAUAUAUAUCGACUAUGAAAGAUUUGAUUCAUUUCUGAUGACAUUUUCUAGGGCAGAAAAUAACAAGUAGACAUUUCCAGGUUUUCUAUGACCAUGGGAACUAUGAAAAAAUGCUCAAGCUAGCAAGACAAUUACAAUCACUUAAAUAACAAAUGACUAUUUAAAUACAAAUUAUUUCCUUCUGGAAAGGUAAAAGUUCAUUCCCUUUUUUUCUGGUUCUCAGUCUGUCUGUCUGAAUUCACACACUCAUUAAUUUGAUAGUGAGUUCUUCUGUCUCUGCUCAAAUUCCUCUCUCACGCGUCCCACAUUCUUUCGCUUUUGUCACUUUUUUUCUUUCCUCCGUCUCUCCCCCUCCAGCCAGUUCUCAUAAAUUACUGCCGUUCACAAGGCUUGUCCCGUCCACUUACACACACACACACACACACACACACACACACACAUUCUAACACGGGCUGCCAAAGUUUAUUAGGGACAUAUCAACUGAGCAUUAAAAACUA